CUUUUAUCGACGAGUACCAAAGGAGAUGCAGACGGUGUUUGUCAGACCACCGACAUUACCUAGUCUACUCGGAUGUUUUUGACAGCAGCGUAGGAUAGAAUAGAGAGUAUCAACAAAACUAUGACAAUUCACAAUCUGUACAUAUUUUCCAAGAAUGGAACAUUACUGUAUUAUGCGGAAUGGAAUAGGUUGAACAAAUCUGGAAUCACAAAAGAAGAGGAAGCAAAGUUAAUGUAUGGAAUGUUAUUUUCCAUUAAAUCCUUUGUAAAUAAAAUAUCUCCAUUAGAUCCCAAAGAAGGAUUUUUAUAUUAUAAAACUAGUAAAUAUACAUUACACUAUUUUGAAACCCCAUCUGGAUUAAAGUUUGUAUUAAACACUGAUAAUGCUACUCAGAAUGCUAGAGAAUUAUUACAACAGUUGUACAGAGAGGUAUAUUUGGAAUACGUUGUAAAAAAUCCUCUAUGUCAGUUAAACGAGCCGAUCCAAAGUGAGCUGUUUAAAUUGAAAACUGACGAAUUAUUUAAGAAAUCUCCUCUAUUUUUAAGUAGAUCAAUUUAAUUCAAUUUUGUACUUCUACGUGUAAUGUACUUGGAUAUAAACGUGAUUUAUAAAAUUA